GAACGGGACGCUUCAUUCACUGAUACCGGGGGGGGGGGGGAAUCGGAUGUUAGCAGGUUUUAACUAAUGUUGUAUCCGCGUAGGAAUGGAAAACAGGAUAUAAUGGACUCCAACAGUGAGGAUGAAGAGUACCAAAAUCUUGAACCCGACUCACAACAGGACGCAGCUACGUACAGAGUGACCUUUCCUCGUGGGAGAAACACAAAAGUUAUGGACUGCGGUACAAAUAAGCAGCCCAACAUGAAGCGGCAUCCAGUGAGUCGCUCUGGGAACAACGCGGGUAAAGUGAAGCGGGUGGUGUCCUGCAAGAGGAAGACCCAUCACCUGACAGUGACUCGGAGGAAGCAGCCCGGGAUCGGGAAAAUGCAUGACGCUGCGAAUAAGGAGAAUGAGAUGGAGUGCGUGCGGGACGCGGACCUCUGGGAGUUCCCGCCGGAAGUCCAUAACAACCCGGAGACUGGGGAAACUGGGUCUGAACCAGCGGACCACAGUUCCCUCACCGAGCUCACAAGGGAUCACAGCACAAUGACCGGUGUGCUCUUUGGAAGAAAUCUGAGGCUGAAAGUAUCUCAAACGUUGUGGCGGAGAAGUGUCGGAGAGCUGCUGACGUACUUUCUGAGGAUACAGGACAUUGCUGUGUUUGUUGAUUUCCUCCCGUUCAUCAUCAAAAGCAUCGAUGAGGCCUCUCCCAGCGUCACCAUUGGCUGUUGUGUUGACCUCUUUCCUUUAGUUAGGAAGGUUCUCGCCAAUCCAUACGAAGAGUAUCUAAUAGUUGGGUUAAAGUGGAUUCAUUCGGUUGUGAAGAACUGGUGGGGGGACCUAAAAACCAGCGGCUAUGGCGGAUCAACUGAACUUCCGCUGGAUAAAAAUUUCCAGGCCUUUAAUCAGCAGUUGGCGGAGCUCUGGCACCAGGAACCUUUGCUAAAAUCUGUUCCCGGACCUGCUGGAGACAUGGCAAAGGUCGUUGACUCCUUCCUGUCUCAACUAAGCUGACAGAGAGAAAGAUAGCGGAUCUUUCUCGAGUUGGAUUGGAUCCUUUAAAGAACCUGAGGUUGGAGCAGCUGUUGUGUCCACACAGGAGUGGGUUUAACUGGGUUUAACUCUACUGUAACUGUAGAUCGUGAUGUAUUUUUGGGGCCGGCAGUUGAAAUAUUGAUAAUGUGCAAUAUUGAAAUUUCACUUCAUUGUCUCUUUAUUUAAGUUUUUACUAUGUUGUGGUUAUGGACAACAAGAGUUUUAUCACUGCUUCCAUGUGUAGCUGUCGUAUUUCAUUGCAUCACUGAUGAUGAAUAAAACAUUUUUUUGGUU